GGGGGCGGCGAUCGUGAUUCGACCCCUAUAUAUUUCGGCGUGUUCGCGAUAAUACGAGAGAACGAGGAAGAAUAAGCCGUACGCACGGAGGAAGAUCAAAAUUCUCACUUUGAUAAAAGGUGACGAGAUUAUUCGUUCGCCAAUAAAAUCCUUUGCGAUUGAAAGCCUGCGAGAGGAUUUAAUCUGACGGAGGAACAAAGAGCACCGCUUUCAAGUCGCUCCGAGCUCUCUCGCUCUCUCUCUCUCUCUCCCUCCUUCUCCCUCGCUCUCUUUCUAUUCUGGACGCAGCAUCGACUCGGGGUGUUGACACACACACGCCCGUGCGCCGUGUCGUUCGCUCGAUCCGUCUCGUUCUUCGUCACGUUCGUACCCGAUACGCGUACCAGUGCGGAGUGUCAUCGAGGCGAAUGAACGGAGGGAAGAGAGGAGAGAAAGAGGGAGACGAGCGUCUCGAGAUGGAUGCUGUGGAUUCGGAUGAAUGGCGAAAGGGGAUGAAAAAGAAGAAGAAAAAAAAGAGCGCGGAUAUCGUAGCCUCCGCUAUCGUCGAGUGAUCCUCUCUCUCUCUCUCUCUCUCUCUCUCUUGCUUUCUUUCUUUCCUCCUUCACACUUCCCGAGCCAAAGACCGUUGCUCUCCGCGUACGGGGAGCAUCGAGCCCUCUCCGCGGCAUCUUCACCGGGCAAGUGUGUGUGUGUGUGUGUGUGUAAAAUCGUGUCGCGCAGCCCCUUCCGCACGUAUCGCGCUCCGGUGGAUCCCUCCAAGGGUACGCAGUCAGGGCGAGAGCCUCCGGGACAAUGUAACGCGCGUUUAAUCCGCGGCGGGUAAUUCCUCGAGAGUAUUUGCCGAAUGCGGUUGUUCGAGUUUGAAUUCGGUGGGAAGACGACGCCCCGUCGAUUCCCGGCGGCGGUGGAGCGACGAGUGCAGAGCUAUUUCGUAGAUCGUUGCGCAGUAGUCGGGGCUGGUCGAUUGUAAUCGGGCAGAGCUUCACAGGGGCAAAUGGAAGCAGGAAAAUCGAGGCGAGUACGCGGACCCGGAGAGUGCAAUUCGGCGACCGCGAGUCCGAGCGGAUUUACAAUCGCGUGUUCCUUCCUCAAAACCGUGGUAGAAUCCUCCUUCCAUCUCGCCCGCUCCGCGUCACACAUCUCCGGACCCUCGACCUCGCCAAGUUCAUGUGAAGAAUGCAAAGAAAUCUCGGCUAACGACACCCUCGAGAGGCCCGCGAAGAGGCCUCGCUUCUUCCUCCUUCCUUAAAUAUACCACAGUGCGCUCGAGUGCGCCCCCGGAGGGCGAAAAGGAACUGGAGAAAUAAGGAGAAAGAGUGAAUACGCGUACGGAGAUGUGAGAACAAAGCGCGAACGCUCCGGGCCCGGCUCCUCCGCUCGGGGAGAGAAAACCUCGAGGCCGACGACGCCGAGACCGUUUCCCGGUCCCGCGGCCCGUUAUUCCCGGUCGAAAACUCCUUCUCGAGUCUCUUCGCGAAGAGGCUCCUAAUUCGAGUCGCGUGGGAAGAGCGGUUCGAUCCUCUCCUCCGCUCGCGUCCCACCGCCAAUAAAUCAUUUUAAGGGCUAGAGCUUGCCUCGAGGUUAAGGCGCAAUUAUAUCCCCGCCGGUAAUGGAGCCUCGCGAGUCCCCGAGGUCAAUUUACUUCGCGAGUACUCCCCGAGUCUUUGGAGGAUCGCGCGCGCGACGGAUCCUCCGCGUCCGCAAUGUCCCCGGCGUUAUUCACGAAACGAGGCAAGUCCAUAAUACGUCGAAGAAACUCUGUGUUGUGUCUCGAGGAUUUGCCGAUAGUUUAACGUCUCUUCUUUCUCUCGAGUUCGACCUACUUAACGAAUCCACGCGUACCGAGAGUUUGUAGCGAGGAGAGAGAGAGAGAGAGAGGCGAGAGAGAGAGAGAGAAAAGUGAGGAAGAGAAAGGGGAGAGAAAUCGUGCCCCUCUCGUGCGAGGAUCCGCUCUCCAUAUUAGCGGCAUCUCUCCUUUGUCAACGUGAGAGUCGCUUGUGUUCACAUAACGAUCGAUCGGGAGGAAUGAAAGGGCGGGCCGAAUAUUGUUCGGGUGAAAUUCGCUAGGAAAAUCCCGAUAAAGGGGCCUCGAACGGGGGACAAGAGUGCGUGAAAAUAAGGUUAAGUGACCAUUUGAAAAAUGGUGGGCGGAGGAGACUGCAAAGUGGCGACGGUCGAAGUCGAGGCUGCGGCGGCCAACGACAACACGGCUACGCUUCCGGUCACGAGACCCCUUAAUCCUCAGAUCGUCGGUGCGCCCCCGAAUGCUCAGGACAACGCCGAGAAAAACAACGCUGCUAACAAAGAAAUGGAACUGAAGAACGUCCGAUCAACGCCAGCUAAAAAGACCUCGCUUUUCAACGUCAUGAGUUUCAUAUACGCGAAGCUUUUGCUCAUCGUGUGCAUCGCGUACGUGAUAAGCGAAGUGGUGACUCACAAAUUGCCGCUGUGGUAUUUCGAGGGUUUCUUCACUUACAUGUACGGCAUGAGCAUCCUCUUUCUCCUCUACGUUUUCUGCUUCCUCCUCCAAGAGAGCGCUUGCUGUUCGCGGGGUACUGACACGCCACCCCCGCCGCCGAGACCCCCGAAGCCGCCGAAGGAACCGAAAGACAAGAACAAGAAAAAAGAUAAAAAGGAGAAAAAGGAGUCGAAGAAUGCCAAGAACAAAAAAGAUUUUCAGUCCAUUCCCCAGGAGGCGACUGACGUCGAAGCUGCUGUGGCGACGAGAGUUUCACGAAAGCGAAAAACCUCCCAAAACGAUCACAGUUACGGGAGCUUCUUCCUCAGGAUCGGAGCAAUCGCCUUCGGCUUGGGCACGAUGGUCUACAACGGUCUCGAGUUCGGAGCCUUUUUCGGCAUCCCCCCGACCUCGCCGUGCUACCAAAUCCUCCAGGGCGUCAAUCCGCUCCUCCAGAUGAUUUUCACCUUUAUGCAGAUGUACUUUAUCUUCAUGAACUCGAGGCUCAACAUUCACCGGUUCAAGGUCGUCGCGCGCUUCGGCCUGAUGCACGUCGUCGCGACGAACCUUUGCGUUUGGGUCCGAACUCUCGUGUUCGAAACGCUCAAGGAAAUAACGCAAACUGCUCAGCGUUUGGGCAAACAGGACGAUGGAAUAAUGGAGACCAUAAAGCAGCACACGAUAAAGCACGCCGGUAAAAUCCUGGGCACCGAGCCCCGUGACAUGGCCCAACUGCGCUUGGCCCCGGUUUCGUCGACCCUGAGACCAACGCCCUCCGGGUUCGGCAGGUUGGCGACGACGACGACGGCCUCGAUCGGCCGUUACGCGAGAUCGACAGCCCGCUCGGUCGCUCGAGCCAUAACCAGUGGAACUACGACGACGACGACGACGACGACGACGACGACGACGACGACGACGGGGGCGCCGUGGACAACGAGUUCGACGACGCUGAAGCCGUUGAUUCGUUCGAUCCCGACGAGCCCGACAACGAGCACGCCGUCGACAACGACCCUGGCUAAAGUUCAAUCGGUGCUGGACGCGUUAGCGAACGCGGUGAGAACGAAUGUAUCGAGCGCUCGAGAAAUAUUCACAACGCCGAGCACGACGAGCCCGAGCACGAGCGCAGCGGCGGCGACGACGACGACGACGACGACGACCAUGUCCUCGAUCCCGACCCUUCUCACACCGACGACGACCUUCUCCCCCUUCCUACGUGAAUUUAUGGAGUCGCCUCAGUACUCGAAAAAGUCCUUUCCCCAGAUAUUUGACAUCCACAAUUCGACCAACGACACGAGCGUGUGGAGCCCCAACUUUGCAUUUUACGCCGAUUCUUCGACCAUCGUCGGGGGCGGAUCGGUCGACAACACUUGCGGACGGAUCAACAUAAUGGGCACCAUAGUUCAGGAUGCUGCGCCUUACCUCUUCCCUUUCAUCAUCGAAUACAGCCUCGUCGGUGCGGCCGUCAUCUACGUUAUGUGGAGACACAUCGGACGUCAUCCACGCUGGCCGCACCAAGCCGAGGUUGAUCUUGAACGCCGCCUCGAAGCAAUGCUCUCACGCAGAGCCGUUGCUCUCGCUCAUGCAGGGCACGGUCGGGUCGACUGCGUGGGAGCGAGCAAGGGUCUGUUCCUCGGUCUUUUCCUCUUGGUUGGUUCGCUCAUUUGUUUGAUAUUAUUUUUCGUCCUGAUCCAUCACCCCUCGUUCGGUUUGUUGGCUAUUUAUUUGGCGGAUGUGUCGCACUGCGUGCUGAUGGCGUCGUCGAUAAUAGCGAUAAUAAUUGGUUUCAUAAGGGUUCAGAGUUUGAAGUUCAAGGCGGAAGAGCAGAGCGAUUUGAACGACAUAUUUUUGCGCGUGUCCGGCUUCGGGCUAUUUCUUUACGCAGUGUUCAGCGUGAUCGCUGGCUCCUUCGCGGCGUUUACGCACGAGCCGAAUUUGUUUGUAAUGGUGACAGGAAUACUGUCGAUCGCUCAGGUGGUGCUGCAGAUGCUUUUCAUCGCUGACGUGUCCCGCAGGCGCGUCCACCUGCCGGAGCACGAUCGUAGCAAGCCCGGCCGUCAGGUGGUGACUUUCCUGCUUAUUUGCAACAUCACAAUGUGGGUUAUCUACACCUUCGAGACGAUGAAGGUCUUCGCCAAUCCUGUGCAAUACGAUUUUUACGGUUACCUCGUUUGGACCAUGAUCCAAAAGGUGACGCUUCCGCUUUGCAUAUUUCACAGAUUCCACAGCGCGGUUACGCUCGCUGAGAUUUGGAAAACGAGCUACAAGGCUCGGCUCGAGUAAGCUGCCGGCCGAACUACCUCACGGCCCGUCGGAUUCGAGCGCAUUUUAUCAUUUCACCCUUCCGACACAACGCUCCCAAGGCGAUCAUUGUUGCGUCGAUAGUAUUUUAAAACUCGCCACUUUAUUCACCCAACGCGCCACGGCAUUGCGAGAAUAAACGGGCUCGCGCAGUUGAUAUACCGAAAGCAGUGGCCACGGCUCUUCUCGACGUGUGAGAAAGACUCCGAGUGGGAACAAUCGUUUCAUUUUCUGGGGGCACGAGAGCCAAUGAAAGCCGGAAUAACGAGAGAGAGAGAGAGAGAGAGAGAGAGCGAGAGAGACACGCGGAAGAAUUAAAUAUCGAGAGUGAGGACACAAAAUACCGGAGAAUCCCGAAAAAAAAAAAAAAAAAACGAAGAAAAAGUCGAUUCCAAUGACAGGAGAUAUCGCAAUGAGUCUUCCGCACCGUGAGCCACCGCCGAUAAGGAAAAUCCCAUAACUUUAUUUCCCCGCGGUAUUUUAUCACCGAGUCAUUCUUCGCUCGUGUCGACGCAAUUUUUAUACUUUUAUACCUCGACCAGCAGCAGCGGCAGCAGCAGCAGCAGCAGCGAGUGUCUAGCAUCGAGGAGUGAUUACAAGCGCGUUGACAGCAGGACCGACCGAGACGAGGGUUCAAGGAGCAACACAAAUUCGAUAAAACCCUGAAAAUUUUGAGAGCCGUAGCAGCUGCGACGAAAGAACGAAUAAAAGAUUCAAAUAAGUUACAAGAAAGUCAUUAGGAAAGCUCGAUGCGCAAGCUCGCCACGAUUUCAUAGCCUUCGUUUAAAAGAAAUAGUUGAAAAGAAGAUGAGAGAGAAAAAAAAACGUGAAAACAACAAAAAAAAAAAACGGAAAAACAAACAAAAGAAAAAGUCUUUGAACAGCGAUCGACGAAGAGUACCAAAAAACAGAAGAAACAAAGCGAUUAGUCGAGCGUAAAGAAGAUUUUAAAAGUCCACAAAGUAGCCACACCCAUUCGAACUUUAGCUCUCGUCCUUCUUCUCUGAGUUACACCUUCACUCCGUAGAAAAAUAGCUGCAUUCGUUGCGUCUCGUACAAGUACAAACAAAUGAUUUCUACGAUUCUUAAAAAAAAAAAAAAAAAAAAAAUAAACAAACGAACAAACAAGAGAAAAGAAACAAUGUUUUGUUUUUUUUUUCUUUAAUUUUUUUCAAUUUUUCGCUCUUUCCGUUAAUCGGACGCCAAAUCAACGAUUAUCGCGCGUUAUUCUGUCCUCGCCGAGCGGCGAUCAUGGGGAGCUUAAGUGCGUACGUGUGUCUGCGUGUGUGUGUGUCUGUGUGUGCGUGCGUGUGCGAGGAGCGUUGGAUUCGUGUUGUUCACAGGCUGCUGAGAGAGCAGCGUGAAGGGGGGAGGGGGUUGAGGAAAGCGAGCGAGAGAGAAGAGCGAGGGCGAGCGAGGUGGAAGAAGAAAGCUAAGGAAAAUAUGACAGAGACGCGUGUACAGAGAUGAGAAUAUUUUUUUUUUUCAAAGCCAGCUUGAAGCCCGCGUGAGCAGUCAGGGCGCACAGCGUAAUAUGCGAAGGAGCGAGUGAAAAAGGCGAGGAAAAAGCGGGAAGAGGGGGGAGAAGCUGAGAGAAACGAGGGAGAGCGAAGCUGAAGAUAAAAAGAGAGAGUGAGAUUCAGUCAUUAUAAAUAUAUAUAUAUAUAUAUAUAUAUAUAUAUAUAUAUAUAAACUACGAAUAAAAAAGUAGCGAUUAUCAUUAGAUAAUAGUAGCUGCUAUCGAAGUGAACGCGAAUAAAAAGAUUGAAAAACGAGUAAAAGACAGGUGUCUGGGAGCAGCUGAAAUAGGAGUUUGCGUGGCGCUACGCAACGUGACGAAAAAACAUCGAUUUUGACGUUUAGAGAACUGUCGAAAGGGAGUUUUGUUCGAAGGCUCGUCGCGAAGGUGAAAAGAGGAUUUUUAACGUUGGGGAACGAAAACUCGAGAAUCGAGACCGGAAGUACGAAUUUAGGACGUAAAAUAAAUAUAUAAUUCAUUGUUUCCCUCCGCCCAGUAUAUUUCCGAUGUAUACCGAACGAACGUCUCGUCCCUUCUCACCGCUCGAGGUGAACCAACCAAUCUCACUGUUAGCUUUCGAGUCUAAAUACAGCUUUAUCUCAAGAGAUUUAAACAGACACACUCUUCUCACCGAGCACUAUUAUAAACGCAUAUAUAUUACGACGUAAACGAUAUAAAUAUAGAUGUAAAGGACACGAUAUUGCAAAGACUAAUAAAUUAUAUAUGAGCAUUGAUUCGAUCAAUAAAAACACGAAAAAUAAGGAGGUACGUAAAUUGUUUAUGCGUCAACAAAACGAGCGAGAUUAUAACGAUUAAAAAGAGCUGGUUCAGAGUAUUUGAGAAUAAAUCGUAAAUCGUACGAUGUAAAUAACCGAUCCAGAGUCGGAUUCGAGUUACCGCGCGGUGAAGUGAGUCGGCGGAGCUCGGUUUACAGUCUGGUGAGACACGUUGUUGGGGAGGAAACUUUAACGAGGAGAUUUUAUCGAAGCGAGCUCACGGGGCAUCGGCCCACUCGGCGAUGCGCUCGUGCGCGAAAGGGGCUCGCGUUCGAAAAAACCGUUGAAUUUUUGGGGCAAGCGAGUUGCGAAGAAAUUUUAAACACGAAACACACUAUUUUAAGGGGAGAAUCGAAUCACGAGCGGCGGAAGCGAACCGCCGAAAUCCCGGACGUCAAACGUCCGGGAUUUCUUUCUCUCCUUCAACAUUUAUAUUGAAAAUAUAAUGCGAAAGAAACAAAGAAAAUACGAGGCACUGCCACACCGGACCAACCUCCCGCUACGAACCUUCGACCCCCACUCAAGAGCACCGGGAACGAGGGGAGGGGCUCGAGCGUCCAACGACGCACGAGCUUCUAUUGUCGUUCGAUGCAACUUGGUCCAAUUCUUUUCAGUAUUCACCCCCCCCCCCCCCCCCCCACCACAUCCCGCACUUCCGACUACAUUUUCCCUUUUUCGAAUCCACGAUUACACAGUCCACCAACUUCACGAAAAACACAUAAAAAAAAAGCGAUGAAAAUUGAGCGUCGUUUGAGCGCGUGUUUGUGUGAAAUCUCUCGAUUUGAAUUCGCGUGAAUGGUAGCGAUGUCUGGGCUCGUGUGCGUGCGCGAUAUACACCCGGAACGAAUGAAUAUAUUCGCAUCGAGAGAUCAUUUAGUACGAUUAACUAAGCAGAUAAUGAAGUUUGAAGUUUUUAUUCGGCAAAGCAGAGGAGCGGCGGCUCGGCGUAAGUUUACCAGUUACGUACGAGUACGAUAUAGAAAUUCUUGUGCAUGGGACAGCCGAUAUCUCUUAAUGGUAGACGUAAGACCGUAAAACGCGAUAUUUCGAGAAUUUGCAAAGCGAGAGAGUUCGCCUGGGAGGCUUAAGGGGCGAGGAUUCGUAACGAGAAAUGGACAACGGUUCUCGGCGAAUCCGGUGAACAGUGGCGCCAGGGAUACGGCAUUUUUUUUAGGCUUUCGACGAUGCGAGUUGGGGUCGGUGCGUUUUGAUUGGUGUUUCGGUAGAAUUGAGGAGGAGGGGGGGGGGGGUGAAAAGUUUAUUUUGUGCUGUUUAACCGCGGUCGGGGUUCGCGACACGGUAUUUCGAGAGGCUUUUCGAAUCGUCGAUCCCAGAAAAAAUGGGCUUUUGGCGGGAUCGUUUCGAGUUAAAACCGAAGGAAUUGGAAUCUCCGACGUUGCAAAAUUCUCGAUUUGUCACGCUCGUUAUUAAACUUAACGUAGAAAGUUUUUGAUGUCUUCGAGUGUAAUUGAAAAGUUUGUACACAAAACACGCGCACAAUGUGACGCCACGAGCGUCCCUAUAAUGAGAGAUUUAACCUUGAGCAAAUAGGGGAAUGCAUAAAGGAGACGAUAUAAAAACGUGAGAGAAACGGUUUACCGGAAGGAGGAAAAAUCCAACGAGAUUCCAGAUUAGAAAGUGACGGGAAGAGUGAUGAGAAAAAUAUUGAAGGAAGAGCAAGGAGAACGAGAUUGUGGGAGUGAAACACACCGACACACACGAUAUUAUUAUAUAAAUAAAUAAAUAAAUAAAUAUAAAAUAAAUAAAUAAAAUGAAUAUGAGAAUGAAAAUGAAAGAACACACACCCACGGUUUAAACAAUUAAAUGUAAACGAUGAAGUGUAAGAUUAAUAUUCAUGUUGUCGAGUAACCCAGUUCUUAAGUCGCGAGUAGUAAGUUUAAUUAAAUAAAAAUAUGUCGCUACGAAAAAGAGACGAUGAUGAUAUAUUAAUGGAGAAAAAACACACACCCAGCAAGUAUAUAAUACGAUUAAUAAUAACGUAAGCGAGAGAGACCUCCGAUUAAUUUAUAUUCAUUGCAUCCAUUCAUCGUGACACAUCUCACGUUACAAUUAUCAUAGCGUUCCACAUUGUAUCCGUUUAUCGACGACGAUCGUUUCGUAAUAUACGAUUAUGUCGCGUCCGCGUUAUAUUUGUAACGCAAAAAAAAAACAUAAACAUUGAAACCGCAUCGAUUGGUUUAAUAAAAGUUAUCUAGAUGUA